UUUUAUCAGAAGAAUGAUGUCUAGCAAUUAACAAUAUGGAUUACAUCCGUCAGAGCUUACCAUCAUUUAUAAAGGAACUUGGCAUCGACAAUGUCAUACAAAAAUUAGGAGAAUAUCGCACGAAUUUGGAGGCUGACAGAUGCGCAUCUACUAUACAUACUGUUAUUGAAAAUGCAUUAGACACCGAACGCAAUCAAAUUGUGGAGCUCAUUGAAAUUGUUAUCCAUAAAAUGGCACCUCCAAUGAAACUCUAUUUGGCUGAAGGGGCGGAAGUCGUUCAUAAGGAUUCGAAUUCUAUGGACCAACUGAUGAUGUAUUUAGAAAGUUCAUUGGAUACUCUCUACAACACACUUAAUGAAGUAAACUUUGGAAGAAUAUUGGAAAGCAUUUGGUCAGAGCUAUCGAUAAUACUUUAUGACCUAAUUCAAUCAAAUCUUGAUAAACGACGGCCACCAGCAUAUUUCAAAAAUUUAAAGGACACCCUUCAGACAAUGAUAUAUUGCUUCAAAAUGGGUAACGUUGAAACGGACGUAAACAUUUUGUCUACAAUUCAAAGUAGGCUUGACGCUUAUGCCCUUGAAACAGCAGAUCUUAUUCAUCAAUAUUAUAUCGAGCAAUUGCAAUAUCAAAAAAAUCAACCAUUAUCACCCUUUGGACAACUUACCAUAAGGGCUGAGCUUACAGAUGCAAGUUUAUUAGUAAGUAAAACACUAUAG